CGGGAGGAGGAGGAGGAGGAAGAGGAAGAUCCCGCGGCCGGGCCGCUCUCCGCGGCCGCCAGCGCCGUCCGCCGGCGAGGCGAGGGGGGGGGGGAGCGGUGAGACAGCGGCUGCAGGAGGCGGCCGCGCGGGCCCUGCGCCUCAGCCAUGUCCGAGGAAGCAGCCGCCAAGCUGCGCCUCAGGCCCCGGAAGGCGCCGGCAGCUGGCAGCCGGGAGCCCAGCCCCGGCCGGGAGCCCCCGCGGCGGCGCCAGACAUUGGCUGACAGAUGUUCAUGGUUUGAAGAAGACGACUUAAAUGAGUGUGAGAAAACAUGGAUUUUGUUACUGAAAAACAUCAGUCAAGAUUUACAAUGCACGGACUGGCAAACAGUGCCCAGUUUUCCAGAGUUCUCUGCACAGAGUUCCAAGGAAGAGAGUCUACAAGAACAAGAAGUCUUUACAAUUGGAAUGAGAGACUUUCAGUGGGUAUCAUUCCCAUCUUUUUGCAAAGAAGAACAUCUAAACCCAAAGGAUCUUAGCUCCCAUCAGCUAACACAGAGCCAGAUCGACCAUUCACAGAAAGUAUGGGACCAAGCAGAUAAACUGAGAAGUUUACCUUCUACAGCUGAGAAAACAUCCUCUGUAACUAUUACAGAUCAAGCCAAAAAUAUGGUUGGGGAAGACACAGAAGAUAUUUCAAAACUGGAUUCAAGUCCCAAGUCAUAUCAACUCACACAGCACAGAAGUUCUGCACACCACUUGGCAUUGUCACAAAGCUCUGCAAAAGCUUUUAGCUUUAAAAAGCCCUGCACAGGGACUGUACAGAGCAGCAGGGAAAACAGAAAAGAAAAUGACAGGAAAGAGCUUCAAACAGAAACACAGCAAGGGAAUGUGUCAUUUGGUGAGGCCAGAUAUGUGCCUGCAGAGAAGCAGCCUCCUCUUGUGAGUGGACCUGGAACUGAAAGCUGCAAGGAGAAGACAGAAAAUCAGAGUGAAGGAUCCUCAACUCUUGACAGUUGUCCAAUGUGUCUGGUUAAUUUUAGUGGAACACUGUCACAACUGGAUAUUGAUGGCCAUCUUGCUCGGUGCUUGUCUGAAAGCGCAGAUGAUGUAACGUGGUAAAUCCAGAAUGACAAGCAAAGGAACAAGGCCAAGGAUGAACCUUUCUCAAAGGAAAAGGAAAAAUGUGUCGAGGCAGCACAUCCUUGGCUCAGACUUGCUUUAGCAUCACAAACCAGUAACUCAAUAGAAGGUCAAGCACCACCUUGCCUCUUUGGUGUCUUUUUAUUUUAAAUCCUCUCACAUGCAUAUAAACUAGUUCUAGUUCUGAAAAUGGUGCUAUAGGAUGUCCCAGAGAACCCCUGGGAAAUCAGUCUUGAUACUCCCCGAAUCUGGGUACUUCUGGAAAAGUGUCCUGUUGCAGUCCCCGAAGAACCUGUUUUGGCUGAUACACCACAGUUGUUCUGAAUCUCUUAACUGUGGACGAAAACAGCUGAACAAGAGAACUAUUAUUUUAAUCCCAAAGUUUACUAACUUCCUUCUUUCUGAAUAGGUAACCUGUGAAAAUAAGCUUAAUUAAAAAGUCAUUGAAGCUUAGCAUUUUUCAUUAUUUUAAUAUCUAAGUAAGAACUUAUGAUUGUACAGUUGAUUCUGCAAGUAUAUCUAUGUUAAAAGAAAACAUAAGCCCACACCAGAUAAAGGGUAUGGUUGUGGGGUUUUUUCUCUUUCUGAAGGAACACAGCUAAAUUCAUAACCUUACUUUGUAGCUUUUGCAGUCAGUAUCCACUUGAUAAACAUGACCAGCCUAAACUGGUCAGGCUCCACAGAGAACACUUCUACCCAUGUCACAGUACUGAAAUGCAAAGAAAGAUUUAAUAUACCCAGUCAGCCAAACCAGCUGCUUUUUGUAUCAGUUCCACUCCCCCCGCCCCCACAGUGAUGGAGAAUAAAGACAACCUGAGAGUCUGUUUCAGCUAGAAGGUAUUCAGAAGACUCAGCUAGUGUUUUGCUAACUUAACAGUAGCAGGUAAAUGUUUUGUAAGCUUGAGAAAAACAGCCUUUCCCAUGAAUGACAAUAAAUGAAGUUAGCGAUAGUUGAGUAACAAACAGAAGGGAUGAAAUAAACUGGAGUAGGUUGUUCAUUUCUCCCCAGCACAGUUAAUUGUUUACGGAACAGGGUCUCUUAUUCAGGCAGCACACACUCUCCAGUCACAGCCUCAAGUUCAAACUGGUUUCCUGCCGAAGGGCUGUGUGCUGGAGUAGCACAAUUCUGCCCAGUUUGGCUGUUUUGAUCACCAGUGCCUUCACAUCCAGCAGAGAAGAGCACAGCUCAUGUUAAACUUCAGUACCUGAACCGUUUUCUAUCCCAACAAAUCUGGACCUCCCUACACUUCAGGUGCGACCCAAGGAUACAGAAUAAACACAGAAUACAGUAUCAAAAUACAGGAAGAAUCCUAUAUAUUUUAAUUUACAAUGGGGUCUCUUGAAAAAGUGCAAGUUGGACAUAGCCCAGUUUACUGAUAAAUAAUAACAGUCUAUUAACUUUUUCAUUAAAGUCUUUAAUAGAUGUGCAAGAAUAUAAAUGAUCUUAGCUGUUAUGGAUUAGUAUACCAUCUUCUGCACAAUUAAAACUGGUCAGCAAAGAUCCCAACUAAUUAAUUAUACAAAACUACAAGAACAUAUUUACUGUUUUACAAUCAUUAAAUUAGCUAGAAUUUUCAUUUACUAUUUCAAAUAAGACAACUAUAUAUCAUUACCAGAUCCAUUUGUAAUAUAUUAGGAUUUUUUUUCCAAACCACACAUUUAAUUACAUCCUUCAUUUUCUUUUAUUUAUAAAACAAGUACUUUAUAUAAAAAAUUUCCCCUUCAUCAUGAACAGAACAUUAUUCAAACACUUGCACAUGAGCAACCAAACUUGUAUCCAGCAAACUAUUUGGCAACACAGCAACAUUGUAAAUGCCUGUAAAUUUUUAAAUAAAAUCAAGUAGUCUUUACAA